AUGGAGACCCUCCAUGACACACCCAUCAAGUGUCAUGAAAUCUUUAGAGUCUUACCAGGUCAACAGGAAGUCAUCAGAGUGGUUUUGACCAACGGCGUGGCUGGUGUUGGAAAAACCUUCUCAGUGCAGAAGUUCACGCUGGACUGGGUAGAGGGCUUGGAGAACCAAGACCUCAAUAUGGUGAUCCUGCUGUCAUUCAGGGAGCUGAACCUGAUCAGAGAUGAGCGCCACAGUCUUCUGAGUCUGCUCCAUGUUUUCCAUCCAACACUAGAGAAGGUCACAGCAGAGACGCUGGCUGUCUGUAAACUUCUGUUCAUCUUUGACGGUCUGGAUGAAAGCAGACUGUCUCUGGAUUUCACAGACUCUGAGGUGGUGUCUGACGUCACACAGAAGUCUUCACUGAACGUUCUGUUAACAAACCUCAUCAAGGGGAACCUGCUCCCUUCAGCCCUCAUCUGGAUAACUUCUCGACCUGCAGCAGCCAAUCAGAUCCCUCUUUCAUGUGUGGACAGGGUAACAGAAGUACGAGGCUUCACUGACGCCCAGAAGGAGGAGUACUUCAGGAAGAGGUUCAGAGAUGAAGAUCUGUCCAGAAGAAUCAUCUCACACAUCAAGUCCUCCAGGAGCCUCCACAUCAUGUGUCAGAUCCCGGUCUUCUGCUGGAUCACUGCUACAGUUCUGGAGGACAUGAUGAGCAGAGAGCAGAGAGGAGAGCUGCCCAAGACCCUGACUGACAUGUACUCACACUUCCUGCUGGUCCAGACUCAGAGGAAGAAGCAGAAGUAUGAAAGUGAGAGAAGUCCUCAGGAGUUGACUGGGGCUGACAGUGAAGUUCUCCUGAAGCUGGGGAGGCUGGCCUUUGAACAUCUGGAGAAAGGAAACAUCAUGUUCUACCGAGAAGACCUGGAGCGGUGUGGUCUGGAUGUCUCGGAGGCCUCUGUGUACUCCGGAGUUUUCACGGAGAUCUUCAAAAGAGAGAGUGUGAUCUUCCAGAAAACAGUUUACUGUUUCGUUCAUCUGAGCGUUCAGGAGUUUCUGGCUGCAGUCUACAUGAUCCACAGUUUUACAAACAGAAACACAAAAGUUCUGAAGACUUUCCUAAAAAGCAACAAACACAAAGACAAAAUGUCUUUUUUAGAGAUGGUUUUCAGUUCUUUUCAAAACCUGGAUAACUCUCUCUUCUCUCUGGAUGUCUUCUUGAAGAGUGUCAUGGAGAAAUCCCUUGUCAGUAAAAACGGCCACCUGGACCUGUUUGUUCGUUUCCUUCAUGGACUCUCUGUGGAGUCAAACCAGAGACUCUUAGGAGGUCUGCUGGGUCACACAGACAACAGUCCAGAAAUGAUCCAAAGAGUCAUCAACAACCUGAAGAAGAUGAACAGUGAUGAUAUCUCUCCUGACAGAAGCAUCAACAUCUUCCACUGCCUGAUGGAGAUGAACGAUCUGUCAGUUCAUCAGAAGAUCCAAGAGUUCCUGAGGUCAAAGAACAGAUCACAGAAGAGACUCUCAGAGUUCCACUGUUCUGCUCUGGCCUACAUGCUGCAGAUGUCAGAGGAGGUUCUGGAUGAGUUCAACUUAAAGAAGUAUGACACAUCAAAGCAGGGACGACAGAGACUGAUCCCAGCUGUGAGGAACUGCAGAAAGGCUCGGUAAGUCCAGGUUUUAAUUCUCAGAAUAGUGUAAAUGAACCCUGUAGUUCUUCUAAUGUCCACAAUACUGAUGAUGUUCUUCUUCAAAUAGAAAUCUACUGAAAUAUCAGGGAGGGGGUUUCUUAAGGUUUGGCAUGUAUAAUUAAUUUCUGAAGUUUGUCCAUACAGAUGGCUGAGGGGACAGGAUUUAUGACCUAUAUGACCUAUACUAAAGCCCGUCACCAGAGGUUACUGUUCUUGGGGUGGCUUCACCCAGCAAGGAGGCAGACGGCGUCCAUUCUAUAUACAUUCUAUGCUCCAAAUGCUUCUUUCUGCAUCAAACACACAAACUAGCAAGAUUCAAUGUUAUUUUUAUGGGAGUAAUAAGAACGUACACUGUAAAAAAAGAAUAAUUGAGAAAAUUUCAAAUUUUAAGGCAACCUUUUGCAGUAAGAUUUUUUAAUUGUGUCAACGAUUUGCUAGGUCAUUGUCAUAAGUGACAUUUCAUCGUUGUAUCAAUUAGGUUUACGCUGUUUGGUGAAUGGUCACUACUAUUUAUUCUUCGUUUUGCCAAUAUAAACAUUUAGCAGCCCUAGCCGUCGGCUAGCAGCCGCUUGCUAAUGGCUAAAGUUAACAGCUUUCUCCGCAGCGAGUGAGUGUGGAGGCGGCGUGCAUCAUGAAUGCGCCCCAGAGAUAAAAUUGCCUUCUCAGUUACAUGUGCAAUUAAACACGCGGCUGAGAAACACGUCAUGAGGGAACAGAAAGAUAAUUUUCCGGCAGACAAGCAAUGUAGAUAGACAAGCAUUGUUAGCUAAACUGAAAAAGUAGCCAAUUUACUUAAGUAAAUUUGGUAAAGCAGAACAACACCACAUUCUCUAUUAGUUAAUACACUUAAUGCAGUUCAGACAAGUUUAUUUUCACACAGAAUACUUUAACAACUUGGACUAAAGCUGGUCCACUCAAAAAAGUCCUCUUCUCCCUCUGCGCUGCUGGCCAUGACACACAAUGAGGGAGAACUUGCCCUUGUGACGGAACGUGGUAAACCCCAUAGGUCUUCUUCGGCAGACCUCAUGGGUCAAUGUCAGAACUGCAUUAUAGGAAUUUUUCUACUUUGUUGUGCAAACAACAAAUUGCAAAUUCUGCUAAUUUAGAAUAACAUAUUUGGUCUCUAUUGAGGUGCACAUUUUUGGUAUGACAUGUAUUUUCUUGUUAAAUAAUAGCUAUUUUAAUUUUCAUGUUCACCCAAUUAAGAAUACAAACUCUUGUGAAUAGAUUGUCGUUGUUUCUUUAACAGUGUAGGCCCCCUAGAGUUCAAAUAACCUGAACCAUUACUUCUACUUAUAACAUACUUAUAGCAUGUUAACCCAGAGGGAGGGAGAGAGGGAGAGAGAGAGAGAGAGAGCACCAGAGCACAAAGACAGAGGUACAGUGGGUCUUUGUAGCUGUCUCUUAAAGGUUCUAUCUGGAUGCAUCAGGCUUCAUAAACUUGUUUCUGCUGGUGAAGGGAAUGUUACAUGGAGCAAAAACUUUCAUUGUGAAAACAAAGAAAUCUUCAACUCUUCAAAUGUACAGAGUCAAACCAGCUCUAACCUGCUAAAAAAUGAUUUUAUCUGAACCAAUUAUAGAAAAAGGAAGCUGCUGUGAUUUGGUGAGUCAUCCUCUGUUUGUUCAACAGUCAGUGUCUAUGGAAAGACUUACAUUACAGCAGGAUGUCAACAUUAAGUACUGAGAGGAGCACUGAUUCUCCAUGUGCAAAGAGGUACUUUGGAUACUAACCAAUCACACCAGAACCAAAAUCAUGGUUCUCAGCACCCUUCUCCAACCAGAACUCAAGAUUUCACACAAUCAUAAUGAUACAACUGCACUUACAUGAAGACAACUCUGUUAGAGUGUUAGAAUGACAAAAAUAAGUCAUGGAGUCAUUUGUCUUGAAUAUCUGAACAGUUUUUUUUCCUAAACUUUGGUUUCCUGUCUUCUCUCAUGGCUGUGGUCCUGAUAUUCGUAUCUGGCUGGUUAAAAACAGGCAGUCUGUCAAACCAAAGAUAAUGUUUGAUUUGUCUUAGGUGAAGAGAAGCAUAAAAUUACCUUUCAAUCAAAUAUUGUGUGAUGUUUAUGUUGUUACAGACUUUUUGACUGUGGACUCUCAGAGACUCACUGUGAAGUUGUGGCCUCAGCUCUGAAGUCCAACCCCUCCCAUCUGAGACAUCUGGACCUGAGCAGAAACGAUCUGCAGGAUUCAGGAGUGAAGCUUCUCUCUGCAGGACUGGAGAGUCCAAACUGCAGACUGGAGACUCUGAGGUCAGACACCAUUUCCUUUUGAUCUAACGAUAAGAUGUGACAGCUGCUGCCUUAGAUUUUUCUCUGUGGUUUUUCCAUCAACUUUAGUUUAGCAGUUUGAAUUUGUAGUUGUAAAACUUCAACACAGGAAGAAAAAUCCAACAUUUCAGAGUUGACUUUGAGUAGAACGUUGGAUGUCAGUCACACGAUGUCAAUCAGUCACACAAAUAUUACACAUGCUUGUAGAGGGCAGGAACAGCACAGACUAAAGGCUGAUAUUGAACUGAUCCACAAUUAAUGUGAUCACUAAUGAAUGAAUGAAGUGUCAGAGAAAUGAUGAGCUGCAGAUUUAAACCUGAAGAACAAAGUUAAUCCAACCCUGGAUAUUUCAUUUGGAAACUCUUGAAAACAUGAAUUCGCUCUUUGUUCUGUCGUGUUCAAAUGUAAACACCAGAUUAAGAUUUUUCUGCAGUUUUCACUUCAGUUUGUUGAACAUUAACAUCAUCUUGUCCAGUUGGUCCAUAAAAACCUCACUGGUAAAUGAUCUGUUUGUUUAUUUACAAGUAGUUUGGCAGUUGUUGACAGCAGACGGACAGAGCCUGACUAUUUUAAUCUUAAUGAAGAAUUCGUGACUACAAAAAACCUUUAAGAUUCCUCAGAUAGUGUCUCAGGAUCUCACUGAAGUAAUCUUGAAAGGAUUUUAUAAAGUUCCUCAAGAUCAACUCUGAAAAAUUCUUCUUCCAUGUCCUUCAGGGGCAAAAUAACAUUGAAUCAUUUAAAGCAGGAACAGUUUCUUGAUAACAAUUUUUUUCUUUUUUCAGACUGUGGGACUGCAGUUUGUCAGAGAUCAGCUGUUCUUCUCUGGUCUCAGCUCUGAAGUCCAACCCCUCCCAUCUGAGACAUCUGUGGCUGCGUCAAAACAAGUUGCAGGAUUCAGGAGUGGAGCUGCUGUGUGACUUUCUGCAGAGUCCAAACUGUAAACUGGAGACUCUGGUGUAAGUUUAGUCUUUGUCUGUAUCUGGUGUAGAUUUUGAUAUGUAAUCCAUUUUUUAACCUAAUUUAAAUUUUCAUAGAAUUCUUUAAUAUUUCCAGAAAAUUCUUUUCACUCACAUAAAUUUAUAGUUUUUUAUUGAAUAAGCAGUCAGAUACAGAUGGGAGAAAAUGGGCUCUGUGAGUUAUUUUGUUGAUUGAAUGUUGAUGAUUUUUUAUGAAUGGUGAGGAUGAUCACAGCAGUGAUGUUGACGGGUUUGUUUCCUCGGUCUCUAAAGCAUUAAAAUGUUCAAGGAUGCAGUGAACUCACUUUCCAUGCAGCUCAGGAACACAGCUCAUCUUUUUCAUACAGGAAACUUUAUCAACUUCAGGUCCCAUCAGUCAGCAGCUUUAGUCAGAAACCUUGCUGUCAGAGCUCCGUCAUUUCAACCCUCUGUAUAACUCCUCAACACAGUCAAGACCCUGUGAGCACAUCCUCAUAUUAUGCUGGUUUAGUUACAACAGCAACGACAACAAUCAACUGUUAGCAGUGAUUUCUUCCAAACAGUAGAGGACCCAAACUUAAAAGUGGUUGGAAAAUUCAGGUGUCCACCACUCAUGCAGAGUUGACUCACGUUGAUGAUGUUUUGAUGUCUGGAGGACAUGCUGGAGUGAAUUCAACAAAACCUCCAGAGAAAAAAAAAACAGCAGUGGCAGCCAAUACAUCAGGCUUCAGUGAUGUCUGUGUGUCCCUUUAUUUAACCAAAUCAGCAGUCAGAGAGUUCUAAAGGAAAAUCUUAUCUGAGUAUUUCUCAUUUGUCUCUGACUUACAUGAACUCAGAUCUUGAGUGUUGCUGGCUGGUCCGGUCCAGUGCUGACAGUAGAGACAACAGUCUUUCAUGGGUUGAGUGUUACUGUUGAAGAUCAGUGUACAGUGAGGGAUGAAGGCAGUCAAAGAUCAUCCUGUUUCCUUUAUGUCACAGUUGAAGUUCAUUUUUAAGCCUUUUUGCUUUUUAUUGAUCCGAGUGCUGAAUAGGAACAGGAAACGUGGAGUAGAGAGUGAGUGAGGACGUACAGCUAAGGGUUGUGGCAGGGAGUUGAACCAGCAACUGCUGCAACAAGGAUUUCACCUUCUGAACACCUCAACCUCUAAUCCAAAGCAGUGCUCCAUCACUUUUGAUGUCUUGUAUGUUAUUUUAUAUGGAGGGUCAGAGCAGAUGAGAUAAUAAGCUCUGACAGACUGGAUCUGGUCGAAAGGUCUCCUGUUGGAGUUCUCUAAGCUGAACAUGUGAAGUUUGAUUAUUAAUUAUUUUUUUCUACAUUCUCAUUUCUUUUUUUUUUCAGACUGUGGGACUGCAGUUUGUCAGAGAUCAGCUGUUCUUAUCUGGCCUCAGCUCUGAAGUCCAACCCCUCCCAUCUGAGAGAUCUGAACCUGAGUGUCAACAAGCUGCAGGAUUCAGGAGUGGAGCUGCUGUGUGACUUUCUGAGGAGUCCGAACUGUAAACUGGAGACUCUAGAGUGAGACUUUUUUUCUCCUCUCAAACAUGAGCAUGAUUUGUUUGUGAUGAUGACACUAAACUGCUGACUCAGGACUGAAAUACUCACCAAGACUGAACACUUUCAGUCCAGAGUAGAUUUUCUGCAUCAGUGGAUUAUUUGAUUGACACUGCUGAGAUCCAGUGUAUUAAAACCUGAAAACAAGAAGAAAACAUUUUGUAGACUUCACAUUUAGAAUCACAUUCAGACUGAAAACAGAAGCAGGGGGAGAUUUGUCAGAUAACAACGAUACAAACUUUUGUGCAGGACAAGAUCAGGGAAUAAAAAAACUCCAGCUCUGUUAGUUGGAAUUUUGAUUGUUUUUUAAAUCUUUGUGUAAAAAUCUGAAUUUAAGGGUUUAUCUGCGUUUUUCUGAAGCCUUACUGUGUUUAGACUGAAAUAUUUACCUCUCAAAGACGUGAUAGUUUUGGUUCAGCAAAGUGAAAAUAUUCUGAACAUCCUUUAUUUCCUAUCUGUCCUGAAGUAGCUGACAUUUUCUGAAAACAUUUGAGCUACAUCUACAAUAAGUUUGAAAGUAUUUGAGUUUGUUUUCAGUAUUUAAUGUGUAAUUGAAUUCACUGUUUCAAACUUACUUCCUGUUUGGUUCAGUUCUUUGAAGUGUCACUUUUCUUUGAGUCAUACUUUCCAAACCUUUCCCCUGCUCACUACACAUUCAAGACAUCAGAUUUCAAACUGGAUCAUUGCUUGUCUAAAAUCUCAUUAUUUCCUCUUUAUUAAGGUUGACUAACUGCAGUUUGACAAAGAUCAGCUGUUCUUCUCUGGCCUCAGCUCUGAAGUCCAACCCCUCUCAUCUGAGAACUCUGCGGCUGUUCAACAACAAUCUGCAGGAUUCAGACGUGAAGCUGCUGCGUGAACUUCAGAAGAGUCCAAACUACAGACUGGAGGAUCUGGGGUCAGUAUAGAGUUGCAGUUAGUCUGUGCUGAUUUCUCCAGUUACACUCCACACAGUAUCACAGCAGAUAUUCAGAAAUAGAAAUAUUCAGUUUCUGCUCUGAAGUCGAGUUUAUAGUUCUCUGUGUUCAACACAGACUUUAUUUCUCUGCUAACUUGCUGAUUUUGAUCUCUAAGAAAAAAUCAAAUGAGGAGUGUAAGAGUGUCAGUUAUAAAAAAGUGUCUCCUCUUCUCUAUAUUUCAGAUCAAAUGUAGAAAUGAGACAUAAUGAAAUAGAAAUAUUCAGUUUCUGCUCUGAAGUCGAGUUUAUAGUUCUCUGUGUUCAACACAGACUUUAUUUCUCUGCUAACUUGCUGAUUUUGAUCUCUAAGUUUGAAAACAGGCAGCUGUUCUUUAUGCUUAUUAUUUUCACAGCAGGUUUGUUAGAUCAGCUUUAACACAUUUGAGAGGAACGGUUUCUUUAUUUCGAUGCACUUCAGUGUAAAUAUCAGUUCAUCUCCAACACAAGACAGACAGCGGGACAAAAAGUGAGGCAGCCAACAGUGAUGAUGUGGUGAUGCCUUCAAGGACUCUCCCUUUCCCUUAAAGCUGCAAGUGUUCUAGAUAUUCAGAUGAGAGGUGAGAGGAAACGUGCUGCUUUACACCAUCACUUCUGGUCUGAGCAGGACUGAAACCUGCUGCUCUUGAAACUGGAUGUUCUGCAGUCCAGCUGAUGAAGUGAGUCUCAGAGAGGAAAUACUGAUUGUCCUUUUUUUUCUCUCCUCAGAUGGAAGUAA